AUGAAGCCCAACCCAGCAGGCUCCUCCCCAGAAGCCUGCAGAGCUGCAGGCCAGAGGGAGAAGAGCUGCCCUGUCUGCCAGGCCUGGGGAGGGGUCUCGGGCCUGGGGUCCGAGUCAGGGCCUGGCCUGGGGUCUGGUACAGUUUCAGAGCCUGGACCUGGGCCUGGUGCUGUGUCCACACCUACUCCAGGGCCUGGUGCUGCUCCGGAACCUGGUGCUGCUCUGGGACCUGGUGCUGCUCCAGGACCUGGACCGGGACCUGGUGCUGCUCCGGGACCUGGUGCUGCUUCAGGACCUGGACCGGGACCUGGUGCUGCUCCGGGACCUGGUGCUGCUUCGGGACCUGGUGCUGCUCCGGGACCUGGUGCUGCUUCGGGACCUGGUGCUGCUCCGGGACCUGGUGCUGCUCCGGGACCUGGUGCUGCUCUGGGACCUGGACCGGGACCUGGUGCUGCUCCGGGACCUGGUGCUGCUCCGGGACCUGGUGCUGCUCCGGGACCUGGUGCUGCUUCGGGACCUGGACCGGGACCUGGUGCUGCUCCGGGACCUGGUGCUGCUCCGGGACCUGGUGCUGCUCCGGGACCUGGUGCUGCUCCGGGACCUGGACCGGGACCUGGUGCUGCUCCGGGACCUGGACCGGGACCUGGUGCUGCUCCGGGACCUGGAGCUGGGUCAGGACCUUGGCCAGUGCUAGGGCCUGGGCUCCGAUGUGCGCCUGGGACUGGUCCCAAACCCAGUGAGCCCACGACAGCCCCGUCACCGGCACUGCAGCAGAAGCCUCAGUCCACGCCUGGGCCGGCCCCGAGGCAGAAGGUUCUGGUGACUGGAGGAGGAGGCUACCUGGGCUUCAGCCUAGGUUCCAGCCUGGCCGAGAGAGGCGCUUCUGUCAUCCUGCUUGACCUCCGCAGACCCCAGUGGGAGCUGGCCCCGGGGACUGAGUUCAUCCAGGCUGACGUCCGAGAUGAGGAAGCCCUGCUCCAUGCCUUCGAAGGGGUGGACUGUGUCUUCCACGUGGCCUCCCACGGCAUGUCUGGCGCUGAGAAGCUUCAGAAAGAGCAGAUUGAGUCUGUAAAUGUCGGUGGCACCAAACUGGUGAUCGAUGUUUGUGUCCGCCGGCGAGUGCCCAGGCUCGUCUACACCAGCACUGUCAACGUCGCUUUCGGCGGGAAGCCCAUCGAGCAGGGCGACGAGGACUCUGUGCCCUACUUCCCGCUGGAGAAGCACAUGGACCACUACUCCAGAACCAAAGCCAUCGCCGACCAGCUGACCCUCACGGCCAACGGCACGCCUCUCCCGGGAGGAGGCACUCUACGGACCUGUGUACUCCGGCCCCCAGGGAUCUACGGCCCCGAAGAGCAGAGGCACCUGCCCCGUGUGGCGAGCCACAUCAAGAAGAGGCUGUUCAUGUUCCGCUUCGGGGACCGCGGGACGAGGAUGAACUGGGUCCAUGUGCGCAACCUGGUGCAGGCGCACGUGCUGGCGGCCGAGGCCCUCACCGCGGCCAAGGGCUACGUGGCCAGCGGGCAGGCCUACUACAUCAAUGACGGGGAGAGCGUCAACCUCUUCGAGUGGAUGGCUCCGCUGUUUGAGAAGCUGGGGUACAGCCAGCCCUGGAUCCAGGUACCCACUUCCUGCGUUUACCUGGCAGCCACAGUGAUGGAGUACCUGCACCUGGCCCUGAGGCCCAUCUGCAGCAUCCCGCCCCUGCUCACCCGGAGUGAGGUGCACAGCGUGGCCGUGACGCACACCUUCCAGAUCCGCAAGGCCCGCGCCCAGCUGGGCUACGCCCCGGACAAGUUCGACUUCGCGGACGCCGUGGAGCGAUACGUGCAGUCCACGGGCCGGCGGCCCCGCGGGCACACGGCGCGGGCGCUCCUGCGGCUGCUGCUCGGGCUGCUGCUGCUCCUGGGCCUGCUGGCCGCGGCCCUGCGCCUCCUGGGCCGGCAGCCGCCCGUCGUCUGACCGCGG